CCCCCCGCCGCCGGCUUCGGGACUUGUGAUUGGCGGAUGGGGGCUGCGCGUGUCGUCAUAGCCCCAGUGCCCAUUCAUCAGUGGACUUGGGCGUUGUACUCCGCAUCUCAUUUGCGGCGGGGCCAAUUUCUCCAUUUACAAACUCCGCUCGGGAAAAAAUAGCAACAAUUCCCGUUUCUUUUGCGUCUUUAGCUUCGUUUUUGUGCGCGCACACACGUUCCUUGGCGGCUCCUCGCUGUUGGUGCUGGAUUCAGGCUCAGUGCGAAGACACAGCUGCAGAAUCCUCGGGUGGAAGCUUGCGCUCUUUGUUCAUUCAUUUGAUCGGUUGGCUUCCUUUGUUGGAGCAAAAGCAUGGGAGCACAGACCUCCAAAGGCGCAGCGAAGGACGAGGCUGCCGGCGCGGAAGGAGCCGUGGUCGCCGCCAAAGCCAACGGACAGGAGAAUGGACACGCCAAGACCAAUGGAGAUGCGUCCCCCACUGCACAGGAGGCCAAGGAUGUCCAGGCCAAUGGCAGCACUCCCACUGAGGAGGCCCCCAAAGAGGACGGGGAGAAGGCUGAGGCUGGCGCAGAGCCAGAGAAGGAGCCUGCUGCUACCAACGGAGACACCUCCAAACCAGAGGAGGGUGCUCCCUCCACCAGCGACGACAAGCAGAAGAAGAAACGUUUCUCCUUCAAGAAGCCCUCCUUCAAACUGAGCGGCUUCUCCUUCAAGAAGACCAAGAAGGAGUCUGAGGAGGCUGCGGAGGAGGGUGGAGCUGCAGCUGCGGAAGAGGGGGACAAGCCCGCUGAGGAUGCCCCAGCAGAGGAGACCAAACCUGCAGAGGCUGCUCCAGAAGAACCUGCUCCAGAGGCUAAAGCCGAGGAGGCCAAGCCCCAGGAAGAGGCCAAAACAGAGGACGCCCCAGCAGAGAAGAGCCCUGAGCCGGCCCCAGCUCCAGCCGAGGCAGAGACAGCAGCCAGCCCCGAAACCCCCGCCCCGGCCACAGAGUAACCCUACCCCCCCCCCCCCCCCCCCCAUCACCUGAAGGAAGGAGCAGAGCGCUGAUGGAGCGGAGCGCUGAAGGAAGGAAUGGAAGGACUUGUCUAAAACCAGGGACUUUUUUUGUUUGUUUUCGUUCCCUGCAAAGACAAACAUCUCCACUUUUAAAUGACUUGAACAUGUAUUUACCUGGAUUUGACCAGCUGAGAUUCAUUUACUGCAUCUAGACUUUUGGCUAGAUUUAUUUCUUAUUGAAAAGGCUAGAUAAUCUAUUGAUACAAGAACACUUUUUUACCUUGAUAUAAUGAACUAAAAUCUUAACCAAAUUCCAGAUCUAGUAAAAUAUCUUGUCAGAGCUCAAACCAAGAUAAAUACUGUGAGUUCAAGUCACUUAAACCUGUGCAAAUGUGCGUCUUUGCAGUUUUGGUGUUCGUUUACUGUUGUCUCAUCUUCAGAGUGACUGCCAGUGUGGAUGGGUGCUUGGGUGCUGCGCCCGCGGAUGCCCUGCUUGCGGGUGAAUGGGUGAGUGUGCUUGUGAACAUGUGAAUGGGUGUUUUUUCUACAUGAAACCAUGAUUGUGUGACACGUUGCUGAAUUUGACAUAUUUAAUCCAAGUAUUCGGUGCUGGCCAAUUGGAUGUAGCAACAGAAGCUGUGCAUGCAACGUCAAGGCACAUGUGAUAUUUAAAAGGGAACUACCCAAGAAAAAAACAUGUCUUAUAUGUUGUCUUUUUGCAGUGCACAGCCGUUUACAACCUGCGCUCCCUGGACAUGACAAUAUUGAACAAAAGUAGAGUUUAGUCCAAAAAAAUAUCCGUAGGUGCUCGUCGCGUUUCCGUUUAGAAUCCACCAUAGUAAGUACUGCACGCUGUAUAGACUUUGAUAUUACUGGUUUUAUGGCUGAGAUGUACCUAAAUGACUGAUGUUUUUAACAGAUGACCCAUUGUAAAUGACGUUUUCUUGUUUUUCACCAUUUGUAAGAUUGAAUAAAAUUGGGAGAUGUUUUAAGCAAACCCUGGAUCAAAA